GCCUCUGAGCUCCACAGAUGCCAUGCUCACGGCUACACCCCACAUAGGAAAACACACAGAUACACUCACGUGUCGCACACUCAAAACCAAAGAAAGGAAUAAAAGAAAGGGGCAAAGAAAGGAAGAUAGGGAAAGAAAUGGGAAAAAAGAUGGCUGAAGUUGGGUCAUAAGAGUUUUUAUUGCAACAAAGGCGCCGCCUUGAACUCACAGAGACCCACCUGCCUCUGCCUCCCAAGUGCUGGGAUUAAAGGCGUGCACCACCACCACCUGGUUUAGUUCUUUUAUUUCUAUAGAACCUUCCAGCACUCUAUCUAUCUAUAUAAUUUUUCUCUGAAUCCCACUGCAAAAAGCUUUUGUGACCAGAAGUAGUGGUGUACAUCUUUAAUCCCAGCAUUCAGCAGAGGCAGGCAGAUCUCCAUGAGUUUGAAGCCGGCCUGGUCUACAUAGCGAAUUCUAGGACCGCUAAGGCUACACAGUAAGACACUAUCUUUUUUUUUUUUUUUUUUUUUGAAGAAAGCAAAAGACUUUUAUUAAGAAAUCAGGAUACAAAAAAAAAAAAAAAAAAACAAAGUGAUUACCAUUUUAAUACCCAAACACCAAGUAACCACACCCUAGGCCUGCAUAUCUUUGUUAGUAGCCAGUCUUAAGUUAACUCUCUUGUCAAUAACCUGGAAAGAACAAGAAUGGCUGAAACUUUAGUCAAGGCGGAACGGAUCCACUUCUGUGGGCCCUUACCAAGGUUGGAUAGAAAACAACUUCACUCUAUUGCCUAUGGGUAUUCAAGAGCAACUUUUGUUACUAGAAAAACGUUGACCAAGAGAUUUGCCCUUCAACUCCCAAUAGUCUCUUGUCCCAUGUGGCCCUCACCUCCUAUGUGUCCCACGGCCCCAUUGUCUCCAUUUUAAAAAUGUCAUUCUAGCCAAAGCUAAGAGACUAUCUUAAACAAACAGAAAUGGAAGUAAAUAAAUGGAAAGAGUCUGCCUCUGUGGUCGAAUACUCACCGCGCAAGUGCAAGUAUAGUCCUCAGUACCGGAGGAAAAAAAUAGUUCUUGUUAAUUGAAGUAUCCCAAGCAUCCAGAAUACUGUCUAGCACAUAGUAGGUGCUCAAUAAAUAUUCAUUACAUGAACAAAUCUUACCUUAGUGAUGAAAAGAGAUAAACAUGAUGGUCACUUUAGCUUUAUGGAGAUAUAAAAUUUAUGUGGUGUGUGUGUGUUGUAAGCAUCUUGAAACUGAAUCCACGAAUGUGGUAGGUUUCUUUUCCUGUGGUUAAUAAGGAAUUGUGUGUCUCUUCAUGACUAGUAGCGGUUCCUUCUCUUUUCUUUCUGUUGCAGAAAGGGGUAGUUUGUUCUAGGAGCGGAAAGGAGAGGGCCUAGGUGUGCCAGGCUGGAGAGCGAGAAAAGAGAGAAGGGCUGAUGUGUGGUACCAUGACCUCUUUUGGGUCUGUAACACGGUACCCGCCUCACCCUGAGUGCAUGUGAACUUUCAGAGCACGUUCUGUUGGCUGAAUGGAGCUCAGGUACACUGAGUGCUGCCUGUCUGGCUUGGUUUUCGUUCUGAGACCGAGCCUCCCUCUGUAGUACAAGCUGUCCUCAAAUAGGCAACCCAGGCUGGCCACAGACUCAUGGCAAUCCUCCUGUCUCAGCUUCCUAGGUGCUGAGAUUACAGGAGUGAGUUACCACUCCGCAAUCAACUGCUAAAACUCAUCUUUUUGGACAAGUUGUUUUCAUUUUAUUAAUUCCUAAUACACCCAGUCUAGACAUUUUACAAUUUCUUUGAUGAUGCAUUAUUUUAAAAUGUGUUUAUUGUCCAUGUGUGGUGGCAUAUGCCUUUAGUCCAAGCAUUUGGGAGGCAGAGGUAGGCGGCUCUUUGAGUCUGAAGCCAGCCUGAUCUACACACUCAAUUCCAGGGCAGCCAGGGCUGUAUAGUCAGAGCCUGUGCCAAUAACAUCAUGAAAAGAAAAGGAAAGGUGUUUAUUUAUGAAAUACUUUGAAAUCCAUGUCACCCCAAAAAAGUUUUUCUGGGGUUUACUUCAGCAAUAUGGUUGAAAAGAAAGAGACCAGUAUGGGCCCUGACAGAUUCGUGAAAUGGUCUGUAUAUUUCAUUAAAGUUUUCUGAAUGGGAUCUAAGCCGGCCUCAAACCCCUGGGUUGGAGCACUCCUCUUGCCUCAGCCUCCCAAGUACCUGGCACUGCAGGAGCACAUGUCCCAGCCAGUCCUUUGGGUGGCCCAUUCUGAGCUGGCUUCAACAGACACACCGUCAAGUCGUUGCUUCCCCCUUUGUUCACACUUUAUAAACAAGUAACAGCCUGGUUGUUAUUUUUUUAAAUCUCAUUUUCCCCAUAAGAUGUAAAGAAAAUUUAUUCCCUUUCUCCCACCCUUCCAUUAUCCUGGGCAGAUCAGGGCCUGGCUUUUGUUUCCCAUCACAUUUUUAAAUGUGUGUGUGUGUGUGUUUGAACGUCUGCACGAAGCUGCAUGUGGAGGCCAGAGGACGACCUGACGGCUCCGUUCUUUCCUUCUGUCCUGUGGAUCUCAGGGAUCAGAUGCUGACCCUCAGGCUUGGCUGCAAGCCCUUCUACCUGCUGAGCCCUGCAGGUCCCCAACGCCUGACUUUAGGUAAACAAUUUGAACUUACAAAGAGCUUUUGUGUGAGGCUUCCAGUGAUGAGGGAGGAUCAAAGCCUAUGACUUUCCCAGAGACCUAUCCCCAGUUUGCCUGACCAGCUGUCUUGGUAAAGGCUUGGCGUAUGCUUGGGAAGGUCAUUCUCCCCCUGCUUGGGGUAAGGGUGAAUGUUUAGAAUCUGGGACUUUUCUUCUGGUUUGCAGUCAGUGCACAAUCCCAGGCGUCCUCCUCCGGUCCUCCUCUCUCCUCUCUGUUGUUAGCCAUCGCAUGCCCUGAUGUCAUUGCUGCCAUUGUGAGCUGACAGGCCCUCCCAGCUCUGGUGGACAUGAUCAACCAUAAGCAAGCGGGGGGCCCGGAGCUGGGAAGGUGGGGGGAGCAGUGGUCCCAACAACACCUUGGAGUUGGGCUGGGUCUGUGUGGAGCCCCAGAGGUGUUCCCCAGCCCAUUCUUUUUAAGAACCAAUGAAUAAAAUUAGGGGCCUCCCUCCUGUGGUCAGAGACCCGGGCCCUGGAGUGGAGCUUGGAGUAGAAGAUGGCCUUCUCUGUCAGCUCAUUCGUUCUCCAGAGUUCAACUUGUUCUCUGACUCGGUGGUGUUUGAGAGCACCUUCAUCCAGACCCGUGUGUCUGGGCUUGGUUUCCAGGUCACCAAGCAAGGAAACUGGAUGGAUGCCUAUGAAAAAUCUGCUACUAUGAUCAUCGGGGUAACCUCUUCUGUGCCCUCCUUGCCACUCCCCAACGUCCUUCUAAUGGCCAAUGUCACCUGGCCUCACGGGCCGUUUUCCACCUCUAGCACACCUGGUACCCCUGUCAUCACUCUCAGCAGGAUCCUUCCCCUGAAGUAUGUGGAGCUACAGAUCUAUGACUACACCAAGCGCAUCCUUCGGGUUAGGACAGUGACCGAGAAGAUCUACUACCUGAGGCUCCACGAGAAACAUCCACAGGCCGUGUUUCAGUUCUGGAUCCGCUUGGUGAAAAUUUUGCAGAAAGGUCUGUCUAUCACCACCAAAGACCCGAGGAUCCAGUUCACUCACUGCCUGGUGCCCAAGAUACCCAACCCCUCCGUGGAAACAACACCUGAAAGCAGCGUGCCAGCAUCCUCCCAGCCCAGUGAGACCGUAAUGCUGCUGGCGGCUGAGCGGGCCAGCGGCAGUCUCUUAGGGCUCUCAAAAAGACACCAGCUCACGGGAGACAGAUCCACUGAGACUACCAUAGAACUCGACAGCUCCAGCAGCUGCAAGACCCCCCCACUGGUGGCAUCUUCAGUUAAUAUGCCCAUGAGAGCUACCUUGACCCACAGCCUCUGGGAACAAGAGAACCCAAACGAGAGCUUCCUGCAGGUUCCUGUAGCCAGCUCCUUAGGAGAGAACUUUUUGGGACCCUAACACCUAACCAGAAUGCGUGUCGGCCAGCCCUGCCUCGUAUAAUGCUGUUUCCCACAGUGGGCCAAGUAACCACGGGAGAUAUGAGAUGGUGCUUAUGCCAAGACGCUCCUCUGC